AUGGCUCUCGAUUGGUCUAUGCUGGCCGCCCACGUCAAGGACCUCAUCUACGUGGUCGAGGACGAUUCAAAGAAGAUAUGCAGCAACCGAGCCUGUCCGGAACAGACCAAACGCAUCGCUAUCAUCACCGUCGAACCAUUACUCAACUGGGGCACACUCACAGAGGCUCACGAUGUGUUUAUAGAUCCAGGAGCUGUGCCCUCUUUUCGCCGCAACGGGUUUUUGAUGGAUGAUCCUGUGUGGACGCAGUAUGUCAAGAAACUUAUACCUAAAGAAUUGCGAUCUUACUGCACAGACUGCUUAGGAGAACUUUACAAGAGGUGUAAAGAGGCUUGGGAAGUCAUUGAUGAAUUGACCUACAAGCGUGCUCAUGCUCGACUUCCCAUGCUGCUCAUGCCGCCCAUUCUGCGUCCAAAGUCCAAUGCUCAAAUGUACGAUCAGCGAGAUAGUAGCAGCCCUGACACACACGACGAGAGUUCGCUUGUUCAUCGUCUGCUGUCAAUUGACGGACUCAAUAUUGUCACGCAAAACGCAACUGGCCGUACGGCCGAAGACAGUCUCAAAGGCUCCUCAGUGAAAGGCAAAGAGCCGUUGCGCCCACAGCACUUCUCAGAAGUGGACGAUACAUCACGCAACAACGAUUUCACAUCUGCACAGCUGGCUGUGCGUACGAACUACAUCGCUGUUUCACUUCCCAAUUCUAAUUCCUUUCUCCAAACUCCGCUUCCCAACCGCCAAUCGCCAACCACGGCUUGCGUCAACCACACCGCUUCCGCCACGCACGAGAAAAACACACAAGAAGAAGACUACAAAAAACUAGGCAGCAGUGCUACCAAAGGCAGCAUACCGGAUUUCAGUUCUCUCAAGCGUGGAGAAGGCUGUGACAUCAAUACCCUCGCCUUCUGCAGCUACGUCAAGUCCUGCAUCGAGAAAAGAUUAACGAAAAAAAUGCUGAGAAUAUUAGGAGAGGUCGGUGAGUUUGCCACAGACGUGAACGAGGCAGGCCCUUCCACACCUAAGCGCAACGCAAGUACUAGUCCCGCAAAUGGCUCAUCAGGGCUCGGCUCAGUGCCGCCCAACCUGUCAAACCAAGAUCUCCACCCACUCAUUCCAUUCGACGGCAACGGAGAAGCCAGCAUACGAGCGCACUCCAACUCAUCUCCUCUCAGCAAUGUCCCAUCCGACCUCUCGAACCGCACUACACCCGAACAAGGCAGCUCACCGCCCAAGCCCUCACCUAAACCGCAACCACACCUCGCUCCCGUCUUCCGCCGCGCCCCAGCCACCCAAAACCCUGCCCCCGGUGUCUCAGAACAGGAAUACCUCGCCUCCCUCACACGCGUUCCCAACAAAGACGACAUCAUCUGCAUCUGCCACAAACCCGCGCAAACGAACGAAGUCCGCAUCGUGCAGUGCAACACACCUGAUUGUCCGAUCGGCUGGCUACACUACAAGUGCGGCGACGCAAAUUUUAAGCGCAGCGUCCGAUGGCGAACGCAGGUAUGCGAGAUUUGCAAGAACGAAAAACACUUUGCGAACAAUCUGGCUGCGGGUGGUAGUACUGCUCCUCAGACACCGCCGCCGUUUACAGGCGAGGAUAUCAUAGCAGUUGUGGUACCGAACAUAGGCGGUUUCACGGCAUCGAGGAACCCGUAUGGUCUCGCUGGCAACAGCGGUGCUGUAAACGGGAAGCCAACGCCGCCGCUUUCCCCACUGGCACAGUCUUUCAUACCCGCUUUGUGUGCUACCCAGGCGUCUGGGUCGGAUACUCAACCCGCGGUGGGUUCGGCGAUGGCCAUGGGUCUUGCGCCUUCUCGUCCUGCUCUGUUUACCGAGGCGUACACGAAUGGUACGCAGCUCGCUCUCGAGGCGGAUGAACGUUGGGCUGACGAGCGGUGUGCUCGUUUGGCUGCUGAAGUCGGUGCGGCGGGGUGUGAGGAUGAGUGGGAUGAUUGGGAUGGUGAGAUGGAUGUGAGUGGGCAGUAUGAAGAUGAGUACGAGGUGGGUUCGGGGGAUGUUUGA